AUGGGCAAUUCCCAGACGAAGGAAAGCAGACCGUCUCUUACUGCGCCAGGGCGCAGAAGCCAUCAUCAUGGCCCGUAUGGCGACCGCCACCACGCUGACGGUUCUCGAUCGACUCGAGGCAGCGGACCCGAUCUAUCCAUCCUCGGUAUCAAUACACAUUCGGAGCGAGACGUGGCGUCGCUUGAACAUCGGCGAGAAACUAGACAGGAAAGGGAAGCUCGCCGGCUUGAGAAGGAACGGGCGGCCCGCCUCAAAGAACGAGAGCGUAGUAUGAAAGAAGAGAAUGUUGAUGGCGGUUACCUGGUAACGCAAGGUGUAUACACCGGAAUCGAAGAUUUCAAUAAGGCUGUGGUUCGCCAAUUAAUGGUCGAACGACGACUUGCACCAUUCUGGAGAGGUCUCAACGACUUCUCAGACUCAUGGACAGAACAUCAGCUGAUGGCAGCAGCGCGAGGCCUGCCAAUCCCCCUUCCGGAUGAAAUCCCUCCGGAGCUGGAAUAUAAGAAUCCGCCUAAAUCUGGCGAAGAUGCCCGGGACGCCUCGGAUACACCCACGGUACACUUGAUGGUACCUAUUACUUCCAGGUCUCAGUCGUACGGCUCGGAUGCUACUCAGUCUUCUACACCAGCACAUUCACUCCCCUCACCGACCUCUCCUAUCGCUUCCGGCGCUUCCAGCUCACCUAUGUUUCGGACCCGUGCAAAGACAUUGGCAUCCCUUUCCACGUCUAAGCAUGGCAUUCAAUGCGAUACAAUGACUCGAGAAAUUCACCUUCCACAUGAUCCUUUUGUAAAUGGACAGCCGAUUGAGGCUUAUCUAUACAAAGCGGCUGCCGAAUGUCCCAUUUGCUUUCUGUGUUACCCCCCCUAUCUCAACCGGACGAGAUGUUGCGACCAACCAAUUUGUUCCGAGUGUUUCGUCCAGAUCAAACGACCUGACCCCCACCCUCCGGAGCACGGAGACACAGAACAAAAUGCGCAGUCGGCGGCUGAUGGUGAGCGCGCGGAUAAUGAGGACGGUCAAUUAGUAUCGGAACCGGCAGCAUGUCCGUUUUGCGUUCAGCCUGAAUUUGGAGUCACUUAUGCACCACCGCCAUUCCGUCGAGGACUGGCUUACGCAAGCGACAUGGGUGCCCGUCCGAAUCUUACAUCUCCACUAUCCUCCAGCUCGUCCCUUUCUUCUAGCACUACCCCUGUGACGGGCCGUCGUCGCGCGACGUCAUUAUCUGCCAAUGACCCAACUGUGGUCACAACUGAUAGGGUCCGGCCUGAUUGGGCACAGAAGCUAGCAAACGCCAGAGCACAUGCCGCGCGACGAUCUGCGGCAGCAACCGCUCUUCACACUGCCGCCUAUCUCAUGCACAACAAUGGUUCUGGCGCCGACUCGAGGAAUUUUGGCCUUGGAAGAAGGAGUGUUAUGCGACGGAAUGGGGGACCAGAGAGUCAAAACACCUCGCGAACCGGCUCCCCUGCGCUGCAGGCCCUUGCAUUCUUGACAGACCGUCGUGCUGCAGGCCAAGAAAAUGAUCUUGCAGAAGAUGCUCCAAACAGCAUUGCACCACCACGCAGCAGGUCAAGGAGAAAUCGUAUCGAUGACCUCGAGGAAAUGAUGAUGAUGGAAGCUAUUCGGCUGAGUUUAGCCAGUGAAGAGGAGCGGCGCAAAAAGGAGGAGAAGGAGGCGAAGAAGGAGGCAAAGCGAAGAGAGAAAGAAGCCAAGAAGGCGGAGAAGGUUGCGCGCAAAUCAGGUCCGCCCAGUGACAAUGCCAGUAAUUCUGCCCUGGAUGUGGUUGGCGAUUCCAGCCUAGGAAGAGUCAUCAGCAGCUCCUCCUCUUUUACCGGCGAAGAGCCUCCCUCUACUAGCAAGGGCAAGGAGGUAGACCGUGCGCCACCUCCAGGUCAAAUUGCGGUUAUCCCCACUGAGGUUGUCUCUAGCCUCGAAGGCGCACAGUCUUCGCCAGCUGUUAUCGCGACGCCGACCGACCAUGCUCUCCAUUUGCCAACCUCGUCGCACCCGCGACCGUCACAUUUACGCCAUGUCUCUAGCGCGUCCUCGUCGUUUUCAUCUCUGGUCGAAUCGAUGAAUGAGGGCCAUACUGGACUUCACACAUCUGCUAAUGGUGCGAGCUCCUCCACCGAGCCCAUAUUCAACUUUCGCAGUCUAGCCGCUGUGAUUGGAGACGAAGACAAAGGCGACGAAGCAAUGGAGCACGUGGAAGAUACAACACUAAAACCCGAUGCAUCGAGCGCAGUAUUAACUUCCCACUCUGCUACCGCCAAUGAUGAAAUGGUGAAAUCUGGGCAAGUGAUAACUGCGCCGACGCCUGUUUCCUUGGAGGUGCCUAAGAAUGAAGAGUUAAUUCCGAAGGAGUUGGAGUCUCGCUCGGUUGAAUUACCAUCCACUACAGGAGAUACAGAGACUGCCUCCUAGAUCUUAAUAUUUUGCGGGAUGAGGCUUUUUCGUCUGUUCGACCAGGCUGCCUUGCGACGUUGCUCCAACCUGCGUCCACUUUUGC